CUUUCCGGGAAAAUAACCGCAAGGAAAUCAGAACCUUUUCCGUUGUUAAAAAAAAGAUAUCUUCAACGAGUGUGCUGAUCAGAUCGAAGGGAAUGACAGGAAAGCAGAGAUUACUCAUAAGAAAAUCGAGAUUCUCCCGCCACGUCCCCGCCUUCCGGGACCCAAAUCCCCCGCCGGAGCUAUGCAAUUUACUACCAACAAUGGCGGCUCGUCUUGUGUCGUCAGCAACAACAAACAGAGCAACGGAAUCCAGAUCUUGCUGCCGAAAGAAGCUUCCUUUCUUUCAUCACUUUCCUCUCCGUUCUUCACUCUCUUCCCGCUCACUUACAAUCACCAAAAUUCCAUGGCGCCUUUCUUUCUCCUCCUCUUCUCCCUCUCCACCGCCGCCGUUGCCGCCACCACCGCCACAGCUACUGCCGACAGAGUCCGGAGAAUUCUCCACGAGCCACUUUACCCCAUCCAGUGGACUCCUCCACCUCCGCCUUCUGACGAUCCUUACCCUUCAACUGAAUCCCCUACGCCGCCGUUCCAUCCCUCUGAUACGCAUCACUCUAACUCCGGUCCCACAAAACUCGCCAUCGGCGUUUCUGUCUCCGUCUGCACGGUGGCAAUUCUAUCCCUCUUUGCAUACUUUAUCUACCGCCGGCGAGCUAUAAACCAGCCGGAGUCGCGAAAGCUCGUUGUCCAUUCUCCCCGCUUCGCGGCUCCCGACCGCCCUGUCGCUGCCGCGGACUUCCUUUAUCUUGGGACAAUGGAGCCCACCGUCCCCGACGCACAGCGAUUAAGUGCCGAGUCGAACGGGUCUCCCUAUCGUAAGCUCAGCUCGGAGAUUGAACGGGUCGUGGAGAUGCGUCACCCGAGCCCAGAGCUUCAGCCACUUCCGCCGCUUCGCCAGCAUCCUCCACCGCCGCCACCGCCGGUGUUGGCGGCCUCCUCCGAUGAUGACACAUAUUAUACGCCCAAGCGCUCUGCAGCUUCGAGAAACAGUGAGAGCCCCGGGAGCCCUAGAUCUCACCGGAACCAACCCGAUUCUAUCGCCGGUAAGGAGGUUCCUCGGUCCCGGAGAUCUUCUCCAAGGAUGCAGAUAUCUGAUUACUCGCCUUCUGAUGUCAAACGCGAGAUUUCGCCUAACACUCAUCCUCCUCCGCCGCCGCCUCCACCACCUCCUCCUCCUCCUCCGCCUCUCACUCCGAAGACGGAGAAAAUUACUAAACUGCCACCGCCAUCGAUUCAGCCUCAGUUUAACAGAGUAAUUAGCGAAUUAAACGAAGUUGUUAAUUCGCCAUUGCCGUCAUGGCCGUCAUCAAGACGUCAGCUUUUGAGGCCCUUGCCGCCGGAGGAUGCUGCUCGUGCUGACGUGCAGCGUUCAAUUAAUGCUCGGCUUGUCAGUGGUGGCGGGAGUUCGUCUUCGAAGCCCGUUGACGAUGAAGAGGGCGAUUUAGAUAGCGAGGAAAAGCCUAAGCUAAAGCCCUUACAUUGGGAUAAAUUCCGGGCAAGCUCUGAUCGGGCAAUGGUUUGGGACCAGCUGAAAUCUGAUUCAUUUCAUUUGAAUGAAGAUAUGAUUGAAGCUUUGUUUGUGAACAAUUCGACUGCUCCCCCUCCAAAAGAACAGAGCAGGAGAGCGAUCCUUCCACCAUUGAAGCAAGAAGAUAGAGUGCUCGAUCCAAAGAAGUCGCAGAACAUUGCGAUACUCUUGCGAGCAUUGAAUGUGACAAGAGAGGAAGUAUCUGAAGCUUUGUUAGAUGGAAAUACUGAAGGCCUGGGGGCUGAGCUUUUUGAAACCUUAGUCAAGAUGGCUCCUACUAAGGAAGAAGAGUUGAAGCUUAGGGACUUCAAUGGCGAUGUAUCAAAACUAGGGCCUGCAGAGCGGUUUUUGAAGGGUCUUCUAGACAUACCAUUUGCUUUCAAAAGAGUCGAUACAAUGCUUUACAAAGCCAAUUUUGAAACAGAAAUAAAGUAUCUGAGGACAUCUUUUGGAACUCUUGAGGCUGCCUGUGAAGAUCUAAAAAGUAGUAGGCUGUUUCUCAAGCUCCUAGAGGCUGUUCUCAGAACUGGAAACCGUAUGAAUGUUGGUACAAACCAUGGUGAGGCUAAAGCCUUCAAGCUUGACGCCCUGUUGAAGUUGGCAGAUGUGAAAGGGACAGACGGAAAGACUACUGUCCUACAUUUUGUUGUACAGGAGAUCAUUCGCUCAGAGGGAUUAGCUUCUGAAGCUACAUCAGAAAAUCUUCCCAACAAAAACAUGGAGGAGGAGUACAAGAAGAAGGGCCUGAAAAUCAUCGCAGGCCUGAGCAAUGAGCUUGGUAAUGUCAAGAAGGCAGCCGGUAUGGAUACAGAUGUCCUCAGUAGCUACCUCUCAAAGCUAGAGCUGGGGCUUCAGAAGAUAAGAUCGGUGUUACAGCUUGGAGAGUCAUGUGAGCAAGGCCAAAAGUUCUUCGACAACAUGAGAACUUUUCUUCAAGAGGGUGAACAGGAAAUUGAUUUGGUUAAGUCUGAGGUGAAGAGGGCGCUUCAUCGAGUAAGAGAAGUAACUGAAUACUUCCAUGGGGAUGCUGCGAAGGAGGAAGCUCAUCCAUUGAGGAUAUUUAUGGUGGUGAGGGACUUCCUAUCAGUUCUUGGUCACGUGUGCAAGGAUGUAGGUAGAUUGCAUGAGAGGACAGUGAUUGGCUCUGCAACUGCAAAGUCUUUUCGCUUACCCACAAGUUCUUCGCUGCCUGUCCAUAGAUAUGUAUCAAAUCCAGCAGCAAAUUCUGAUGAAGACAGCUGAUCAGCAGUGUUUGGAGUGAUGGAGUCCAAUUAAUUUGAAAUCAACAGGUUUAGAAUUUGAAUCGCAUAAAUGCUAUCAUGCCAGAGCUUUCGUGUAUUAUGUAGAGCUAAUUAACAUUACUUGAAGUGAAUCUUUGUACAGUAUAGAGAAGGAAGAGGAUCCAGCUUUCAGCAUAGCAGACACUGAUCUCUUCUUGGAAGGUAAAGUCUUUUUACAUCUUUUGUAUUCUUUUGUUUAAUAUUUAUUAAAUUGUAUUAAAAAGAAGCAGAAGAUAGAACUGCCAAUUGUUUUGAUGGAAUUUAAUAGUUCAAUAAUAUCGUGUAAAAGUAAUUUGUUCUUACAUAUUUUCAUUUUGAAGUUUGUUUUAGAUAAUAUCUUUGUUUUAGCUA